AUGUUUCAAGGAUCUAUUUUCCUAGUUGUAAACUCUUCUGGAGCUCCAAGCUCGAAGCUUGUAGAGGUUUUGGAAGAAAAUGAUGCUCAAGUGUAUGUCAAGGAUGUACACUCCAAUGACAUCAACUAUCUUGAUGAAUCUAAAUCUCCAUCCAUUCCAACCCACAUUAUAUCCAGUAGCACGCAAUUCAUAGAGUACUUGGAGGCACAUGCGUCAAUGAUCCCUAUCACCACUGCUGAAUGGGUUUGGGAUUCGUUGAAACAUGGACGUCUUUUGAACCCAAAGGCUUACAACCCAGACCCCAGAUAUUUUUUGAAGGAUACAUUUGUUUGUGUGGCUGAUGAUUUACCUGAAGGUGACAAGGAAAUCAUUUACGGAGGUGUGAGGGCUUUUGGCGGGCAAUAUUUGGACGCGUUGACUAGAUUUACCACUCAUUUGAUUGCUCUUGAUAUGAACAAUGAUAAGAGUGUGAUUGCAGCUAGUACCAAAGAUCCAAUAAAUAUUAAAAUAGUACUCCCUCAUUGGAUAGAUGAAUGUUUGAAAAGAGGAGAAAAAGUUGAUGAAACUCCAUAUUUGUUACCAAAUCCAACAAUUGAUUUGAACUCAGACAAGGAACACGGGAAAGUAAUCUCUUAUGAUGAAGAAAUAAUUCCAUAUCCACCAACUGAUGAAAUUUCCAAGCAUAUUAAUACAUAUCUACAAGAUAAACGAUUUUAUCUUGCACAAGAUUGUAAACUUUCAUCCAGAUUAAAGGAAGCUGUGCAUUCUUUAAUUGAAAGAAAUGGUGGUAAAUGUGUAAAUGAAUUUGAUGUGGAUCAAGUUGACGUUUACAUUGGACAUUUCCGUGAUGGCCCUGAAUACAUCACUAGUUGUUUAUCUCAAAGAAUCAUUGUUGGAACCUUACAAUGGUUAUAUAGCAUUGUCACUCUGGGUAAUUGGGUAUUACCUAUAAAUUCCAAUCCACUCCAUUAUCCAGUGCCUCCUACGCCACUAUCAGGGUUUAAAAACUUGAAGGUUUCGGUGACAAAUUAUAGUGGAGAUGCUCGAUUCUAUUUAUCUAAAUUAAUUACAAUUAUGGGUGGGACAUUUACCAAAACUUUAACCAAAGAAAAUGACAUUCUUAUUGCUGCAAGACCUGUGGGGAAGAAGUAUGAUGCGGUUAGGAAUAGAUGGGACUCUGAUAUCAAGAUUGUGAAUCAUUUAUGGCUUGAAGAAUGUUAUGCUAAUUGGAAAAUUAGUAAUUAUGAAGAUGCACAUUUCCAAGUUAUAGAUGAGAAUAAUAUGGAGAGUUUAUUGGGGAGAAUUCAUUUAAAUCCAAAGGUGCUUGAAAAUUGGUAUAAAAACAUUGAUACUAAAGAAAUAGAUGACAGUAUGAGUGAAGAUGAAUCUACUCAACCAAGAUUUGGAAAAAAUAAAGAGAAAUUAGAGAAGCAGGUUGACAACGAAAUUGUCCAGGAAGAUGAAAUAAAGCUUCAGGAAGAAGAUGAAAAUGUGGAUAAAAAACAAGUUGAACAAGAAGCGGAAAGUCAACAAGUGAUAAAGAAGUCAAAUAAGAACAAUAUUCAAAAGAUACAGGAACCUGUCACUGAUUCAAAACAAUUGGAUGAAAAGGUUAAAGAAAAGGAAAAUAUGACUCCUCCACCAACAAGAGGAGGAAGAUCUGCUAAACAAAAGGCUGCACAGAAACUCCAUUCUGAUAUGACUGAUUUAAAUGAUUAUCAACAAAUGUCUAAGAGUGCUAGAAAAAUGAAGCAUUAUAUGGAAGAUUUGGAGAGUUCCGUGACACCUACAAAGAAAGCUAAAAUAGAAAAGCAAGAGGAUGGUGGAAUAUCUGUGGAGAAAGAUAAACUCAAAAGCCCAAAGACCACCUCCAUCCAUACCCACAUUAUUACUACCGGUUGUGAACUGGAACUCACAUUAGGACGUCUGGAUAUUGAAGAAUUGAAAAGACUAGGAAUAAAGGUAAUGAACGAUUUUUCAUAUAAUCAAAAGGUUGACAUUCUCAUUGCUCCUAGAAUUAUGAGAACUGAAAAAUUCUUGAAAUGUCUUAGUCAAGUUACACAAAUUUUACACCCUAGGUAUCUUUCAGAUAUAUUGAAAAAAGUAUCAAUUUCCAAAGAUGUAACUUGGCCUGCUAUUGAAAAGGAAUUUAAGGCUACAGAUUACUCCUUAGAAAAGAUUAUUGGUUCCAAACUUAUUAACAAGGAAUUGGGAUUGUCGGAGAAUGAUGAUGGAUUACAGAAACUUCUUUCUUCGACUAAUAAGGGUAAGGUCUUUGAUGGUAUACGGUUUAACCUAUCCGCUAAUUUAAAUGGAGGUCCAGAUGUCAUUACCAAGAUUUUGGAAGCGCAUGGAUGUAAGGAAAUCAAAGUGGUUAAAUCUAUAACAGCAUCAAACAUGAAGAUAUUGGUCAAGAAUGAUGAAAAUGUGCUAUAUGUCGCGCAUAAGACGAAGGAUGCUAAAACUGUUGUAACUUUCAAGAAGCUGUGCCCGACAGGGAUCGCUAUUGAUUGGGAUUGGUGUGUGAAAUCAAUUUUCAAAAUGGUUAAAGAAGAUUUCGGUAAAUACAAAUUGUAA